AUGGCCGAAUCUAUUGUUUCUAUUGCCGUAGAAACUCUUUGGGCUUUGUUAAAAGAAGAAGCAAAGCUGUUGUCUGGAGUAAGUGAUCGAAUCAAUGAAGUUUGCAUAGAGUUUAGGAGGAUGCAAUGUUUUCUUCAAAAUGCUGAGGCAAGACAACACAAAGAACAAGCUGUACAAAAUUCGAUACGAGAAAUCAGAAGUCUUGCUUAUAGAGCUAAGGAUGUCAUUGAGACAUAUGCUGUUGAAGUUUCAUCUAGAAGAAGAAGGGGAUUCAAAAAAGCUUGCAAAAGAUUUGCUUGCAUAUUGACAGAAGCAAGAGCAUUGCAGAAAAUUGGUGCUGAGAUUGGAAAUAUCAAAGCUGAAAUAGCUGGUGUGGCAUCAAGGAUGAAUAAUGAUAUUGAGAAAUUGAAAUACCUUGUCGUGGAUGAGCAUACGCACCAUAAAGUUGUUUCGAUCUGGGGCAUGGGAGGUUCUGGGAAGACCACAGUUGCAAGAAAAAUCUACAACCAUGUUGGGAUUCGACGCCAAUUUGAGGCCUUUGCUUGGGUGUGUAUAACUCAGCAAGGCCAAGUUAGAAAAGUUUUGGAGGAAAUCUUGCAACAGUUGUACUUAGAUCCAGAAAAGAAGAAAAAUGUCAAUGCCAUGGCUGACAAGGAAUUGAUGGAGGAGUUGUAUAAAGAACAAAAGAAGAAGAAAUGCUUGGUUGUUCUGGAUGACAUUUGGAGUGCAAUUGAUUGGAAAUGCCUCAAACUAGCCUUCCUAUUGAUCAAGGAAUCUCGGAGUAAGAUUUUGGUUACAAAUCGUAACCUAGAAGUAGCUCAAGUUGGACAGGUUCACGAACUCAGUUUUUUGAACAGCAACGAAGCUUGGAAGCUACUUUAG